AUGCUGUCGGAGGAACAGACCGCAGUGCUCCGUCAACAGGUGGCGAACGCAAUUGCUGACCAGCUGACACGGGCCAAUAUUGAUUGGGCGUCCUUCGAUCAACUUUCUGAACCGAGCGUGCACAUUGAAGCUGAGUUCCAAGAAAAAUCAGCUGCUUCGUCCGCGGAACGGCGGCCGUUGUCGCGCCUGUCUAUCUCGCAGGUGAUUGACUUGACGGGUCUGAUAUUGUCUCAACCUGCCUCCAAGCAAAAUGCGAUCGGGCAGCGCAGGAAUCGGCGCAGUUCUGAGCCGAGUUCUGGGACCAUCGUGCCCUUGUCACGUAGCUGUACUCCAGUCGCAUCGUAUAGUGCAUCUAAACAAGCUUCAGAUGACCAACGAAAACAGGAUACCAUACGCGAAGAUGGCGAGACUUAUGACAGAGAAGGUACUGAAAAUAGCUCAAGAAUGGCAAUCAGUGGUCUGCGACCAAGUUGCCGCGGUAUGCCAGUCGUGGAGGACAAUACGCAGCGGCAGAUGGAGGUUAUGAACGAGAAUUUUCCCAAGCGUCGGAAAGCCGAUGUUGUUGGGUACGCUAUGAAACCGUCGACCCUGGAUAAGCUUAUCACUGGCAUCUGGGAGCAGCUACACAACGGCUUGAGCAUAGACCCUGUGGCAGUACUAGGAGAGCUCAUGACACCGCCGCUCAUCGGAGACGCUAUAAGCCCUUCACCGGAUAUACCCAGGUCGAGUUUCUCGGUCUCGGAGACGAGUACUAAUUCCUGGCCUGGCCGACAUUUCAAUGAUACAACUGUCUUCUGCCGCAAGGUCACACAGGCUAGCCGCACUUGCAGAUCAGUCGAGGUAAUUGUUCAAGCACGAUGGGUCGAACACUUUGAUACGUAUGUCGAGCACCUGAGAGUAAGUGACCCCAAGAUAUCAAGCACAAAGCACCGUAAGGCCGCGUUAGUGGAGGCAUCCAGCGCAUUCGGUUGGUCUGAAAAGGAGCUGCGAAAUAAAAUUGCUAUCUGGCGCGGUUACAAGGAAAUCAGAGACGCCGGUGGAUGGGCCGCACUAAUUUUUGCCGGAAUGGGUAUCUAUCGUUUCUGCAAAUACCGCGUGGGCUUCGACACCGAGAGCAUGCAGCGUCUACACAACCUACGUCCCGCGCUCGAGGUCGCAGCGGACACUAUGAAUCCUAAUUGGCGGCGACUGCUCUCCAUCGUUGGGGAGUCGCCGGUUACGAAAUACUCUGGUCAUCCUCAUGACUGGGUCAUCUGUCUAGAUGGCGCCCCUCCAAUACCACUGCGCAAGACAUACCUACAGUGGGAUCCUCAUUUCGAAUACAAGCAUAUCGAGGAGUCGGUUAUCGACCCGUCGAUUUGGGGUAGUAAUGAUCCCCGCUGGAAACCCCCAUCCUCGCAAGCGUUGACGCGGAUCUCGAGCUUGUUUAUAUGCCAGGAUUGCACUAAUGAACAAUCGGAUGAUCCUAAACGGAAUUGUUGCUACUGUUUCCCGUCAUUAUUUGGAUGCGCUACACUGACGCCAUCUCCCGUCCAAGUAUUCCACACUCCUGAUGGGCGUAACAACGGGCUCAUGGCUCUAUGUGCUUUUGAAAGGGGCACUGCCGUUGGUGAGUUCGUCGGUCUCAUAACUAAGGGCCUACGAGACGUCGACGUAAUGGAGAGUAUGGGCUCUACUAAUUAUCAGAUUUGGCAAGGACGCCAGGGGAAUUUUACUCGAUUUGUUAAUCAUAGCUGUAACGCUAAUGCUCAGUAUCAACGGUUCACUUGGCUAGAUACGCAGAGGAUCAUAUUAGUGAGUAAGGGAAUCGAAGCUGGGACAGAGAUUACGGUUGAUUACUCUGAUAAGUACUGGAGAGGCCUGGACAAGAAAUGCUUAUGCGGGAAAAGAAAUUGUAGGUAUAGCACAAGUCGGUGA